UAUGUGGCGGCUAAACUACCUACUACUUGACCACCUCUCCGUCUCUCUUCCCCUUCCACGCCACCUCUCCCCUUCCCACAGUCCCACGUCGUCGCCGGCGACACGCAGACGAACGCGCCCGGCAAACCAUGGCGGCGCGAUCCGGACCACCCGCCGCGGCCGUCGACCCCGAGGCCGUGCUCUCCCACAGCUUCCCCGAGGUCUCCUUCGCCUACGACGAGAGGGAUGUGGCGCUGUACGCGCUCGGAGUCGGGGCGUGCGGCGCGGACGCCAUCGACGAGAAGGAGCUGCACCUGGUGUACCACAGGGACGGCCAGCCACACAUCAAGGCUCUUCCUACUUUUGCUUCUUUAUUUCCUUUCAAGAACAGCAAUGGGCUUGGAAUUGUUGAUGUGCCUGGCCUUAACUUUGACGCAAGCCUUCUAUUGCAUGGUCAACAUUACAUAGAGAUAUACAAGCCAAUUCAUUCGCGUGCCAAUGUUGUAAACAAGACCAAGAUAGCUGGCUUGCAUGACAAAGGGAAAGCAACUAUUCUUGAGAUUGAGACUACAACCCAUGUCAAAGAUUCUGGUGAAGUUUUAUGUAUGAACAGGAGUACUAUCUACCUGCGUGGUGCUGGAGGCUUUUCUGAUCCUUCACGACCAUACUCCUAUGCUAGUUAUCCCACUAACCAGGUUUCUCGCAUUUCUAUUCCAAAUUCAGCGCCUUCUGCAGUAUAUGAAGACCAGACACAACAAUCCCAGGCACUAUUGUACAGGUUAUCUGGGGACUAUAAUCCUUUGCAUUCAGACCCUAUGGUUGCGCAGGUUGCAGGGUUCACUCGUCCAAUACUGCAUGGUCUCAGUUCCCUUGGAUUCGCGAUCCGCGCUGUCAUCAAAUCUUUCUGCAAUGGAGAUCCAACAGCAGUGAAAAGCAUCUUUGGCCGUUUUCUUCUGCAUGUCUAUCCUGGAGAAACUUUAGUCACUGAAAUGUGGCUCCAAGGCCAGAGGGUGCUUUAUCAAACAAAGGUCAAGGAACGCAACCGCGCCGUGCUUUCUGGAUAUGUGUUGCUCAAACACAUCCCCUCAUCAUUGUAAAUGAAGAGCUUCAGCUACCGCAAGUGGUGGGUUGCCAUUGUAAUGAUAACAAGUGCUCUGCACCUAUCUUCAAAUGAUACAUUGCCUAAUUUCUCUUCUGUAUAUGAUUCUUGUUAUUUCCUCUCUUUCUUUUUCAAAACAUGAAGGUUUGAUAGAAAACGCUGGGGCCGCAUGUAGAAAAUUUCAUCAUUUCCUACGAAAUUCAUAUGCUCUGUACUUUCAGAGACUGUUGGUGUCCAAGUCCCAACGAUGUUAGAUACUUUUGCGUCAUGCUGCUAUACUCAUAGUUCGAGGGUAGGGAAUACGUGAUGAUGAACUGAAAAGAACUGAGCAAAAGAAAAGGAUAAGGAUGUAAUAGCUGGAGAAAGAAUCUGUCAA